AUGUCAGCCGUCAAUGACAGCAAAUCCACACAUACCGUGUUCCUUCUCACCGGGAUACCUGGGCAUGAAGACGUCCAUCUCUGGAUCGCUGUCCCCUUCUGUUUAAUGUAUGUUAUUCUGAUACUAGGCAAUUCAGUCAUUCUGUUCAUUAUAAAAACUGAUUCAAGUCUCCAUGAGCCCAUGUACAUUUUCCUUUCCAUGCUGUCCGUCAUUGAGCUUGGUUUAUCCAUAGCCACCAUGCCAACAAUAUUGGGCGUAUUUUUCUUCAACUCUAGGGAGAUCAGCCUCGAUGCCUGUCUUGCCCAACUUUUCUUCAUCCACUUUCUUCAGUGCACUGAAUCCGCUGUGCUCCUGUUGAUGGCCUUUGACCGCUUUGUUGCGAUCAGUAACCCGCUGAGAUACACUUCCAUCCUAACCCUGCCGAGAAUAGUUAAGAUGGGGCUGGUUUAUGUACUAAGAGGGGUGGCUGUCAUACUCCCACUCCCCCUUCUUCUGAAACAGUACCGAUACUGUCGAGACAAUGUCCUCUCCAAUUCCUACUGUGUGCACGCAGACGUCAUGAAGCUGGCUUGUUCAGACAUCACUGUCAACAGAAUCUAUGGCUUGUCUGGUUCAAUUUUAAUAAUGGGGUUGGAUUCACUAUUGAUCUUCCUCUCUUACGUGAUGAUCCUCAAAACAGUGCUGAGCAUCGCGUCCCGGGCAGAGAGUCUCAAAGCCCUGAACACCUGCGUCUCCCACCUCUGUGCCGUUCUGCUCUUCUACACCCCAGAGAUAAUCUUGGCUGUGAUACACAGAUUUGGGAGUAACUCAUCUCAUUUGCUUCAGAUAAUCCUGGACUACCUCUAUCUGCUGCUUCCACCUCUGUUGAACCCAAUUGUGUACAGCGUGAAAUGUAAACACCUUCGUGCGAGGUUAAUCAGGCUAUGUGUCAAGUGA